AUGAACAGCGGAGCUGAAGCGGAGUCUCACCGUACCGAUUCGGCACCAAAAGCGUCCCCGAGUUUGACCCACGCCAGCGGCGUAUCCCAAACGGCCUCCGAUGGUGCCAACACCACGCCGAAAGCAGACGUGCUCUCGAGUUCGCACCCAAACGACCCAGUCAACAACCAGUACGAGUCGUACGAACACGACAUCGCAUCGCCCAUGUCGGCAACCAGCACGACCGUGCACCCCGGAACGCCGCCAGGCAGCACAAAUACAAGUACGACAACAUCCAACUCACCGCACACCGACACAACUACUCCGACAACAAAGUGUAAUCACCCAGAUUCGGCGCGUGCUGAAGACCUCCUCUCCUCACUGUACGAUCCACAUCCCACUGACCCUCAGCCAGUAACCUCAUUCUGGAACUUCUGGAGAGACCAGAUACUGAAACUAGCCGUGCACCACUGCCAAGUGACCAGAAGCAAGUCCCGCAAAAAUUCUACGCCCACUCGUCCCUGGAUGACGAAGGAUCUCCUCAGCCAGAUCAAAACAAAGCACAAACAGUUCCGCACCUACAAGGCGACCCAACUAGACUCAGAUUGGAAACUGUACACAGCCCAGCGUAACCGAGUAACCGCUCUUUUGCGGCAGGCUAAGUCCGACUUUGUCCAGCAAACAACGUCGACGGGUACAAACCUCCAUCGUCUACUGAAGCACCUGAAAAAACCGCCUAAGCAAACAAUUCCCACACUAUCGACAGCCAACUCCACUGCAGCCACGGCUAUGGAGAAAGCAACAGCUCUCAAAAAGUUCUUUAUCUCCCAAAGCCAACAGUCCAUCGACAAGACCACCUAUGACACCUUGUCCGCUGGUGCUCUGCUCACCACCUAUGCAGAUGACACCUUGUCUGCUGGUGCUCUGCUCACCACCUUUGCAGAGGACACCUUGUGUGCUGGUGCUCUGCUCACCAUCUAUGCAGAUGACACCUUGUCUGCUGGUGCUCCGCUUACCACCUAUGCAGAUGACACCUUGUCUGCUGGUGCUCUGCUCACCACCUAUGCAGAUGACACCUUGUCUGCUGAUGGUGCUCUGCUCACCACCUUGUCUGCUGGUGCUCUGCUCACCACCUUGUCUGCUGGUGCUCUGCUCACCACCUAUGCCGAUGACACCUUGUCUGCUGGUGCUCUGCUCACCACCUAUGCAGAUGACAUUUUGUCUGCUGGUGCUCUGCUCACCACCUAUGCAGAUGACAUCUUGUCUGCUGGUGCUCUGCUCACCACCUAUGCAGCUGGUGCUCUGCUCACCACCUAUGCAGAUGACACCUUGUGUGCUGGUGCUCUGCUCACCACCUAUGCAGAUGACACCUUGUCUGCUGGUACUCUGCUCACCACCUAUGCAGAUGGUGCUAUGCACACCACCUAUGCAGAUGGUGCUCUGCUCACCACCUAUGCAGAUGGUGCUCUGCUCACCACCUAUGCAGAUGGUGCUCUGCUCACCACCUAUGCAGAUGGUGCUCUGCUCACCACCUAUGCAGAUGGUGCUCUGCUCACCACCUAUGCAGAUAGUGCUCUGCUCACCACCUAUGCAGAUAGUGCUCUGCUCACCACCUAUGCAGAUGGUGCUCUGCUCACCACCUAUGCAGAUGGUGCUCUGCUCACCACCUAUGCAGAUGGUGCUCUGCUCACCACCUAUGCAGAUGGUGCUCUGCUCACCACCUAUGCAGAUGGUGCUCUGCUCACCACCUAUGCAGAUGGUGCUCUGCUCACCACCUAUGCAGAUGGUGCUCUGCUCACCACCUAUGCAGAUGGUGCUCUGCUCACCACCUAUGCAGAUGGUGCUCUGCUCACCACCUAUGCAGAUGGUGCUCUGCUCACCACCUAUGCAGAUGGUGCUCUGCUCAUCACCUAUGCAGAUGGUGCUCUGCUCAUCACCUAUGCAGAUGACACGACACAGUAUCAGUGUAUCUCUACCACCGCCAGCAUGGCCGACUCUGCAACACAACUACAGGAAGAAGUGGUCUUCAAUGGCUGGAUAAAAUACAGCACAAGGCACUGA